AUGCGGAUCAAGCCCGAGGUUACGGAUUCUGACGUUGUUCCAGCUAGUAUCGACCUGGAUGAGUGCAUCGCACGGCUUUAUCGCAAAGAGCUGCUUGCUGAGUCGGUUAUCGAGGCCGUCUGCGCCAAGACGAAAGAGCUGUUGAUGAAGGAGAGCAAUGUGGUCCAUAUCAAGGCGCCAGUCACUGUUGUGGGGGACAUCCACGGCCAGUUCUUCGAUUUGCUAGAGAUCUUCCGGAUUGGCGGAUUCUGCCCCGACACAAAUUAUCUUUUUCUCGGAGACUAUGUGGACCGUGGGCUAUUCAGCGUUGAAACGAUCUCCCUUCUCGUCUGCCUCAAGCUCCGAUAUCCACACCGAGUUCACCUUAUACGUGGCAACCACGAAUCUCGGGGCGUCACCCAGUCCUACGGCUUCUAUACAGAGUGUGCACGCAAGUAUGGCAAUGCGAAUGUGUGGCAUUACUUUACAGAUAUGUUCGAUUACCUGACGCUGAGCGUGGUGAUUAACGACGAGAUCUUCUGCGUGCACGGUGGACUUUCUCCCUCUAUCCACUCCAUCGACCAGAUCAAAAUCAUUGACCGAUUCCGCGAGAUCCCUCACGAGGGCCCCAUGGCCGACCUGGUUUGGUCCGAUCCGGACCCUGACCGUGAUGAAUUCUCCUUAUCUCCUCGCGGAGCCGGUUACACAUUUGGGGCACAGGUUGUUCGGAAGUUUUUGGAGGUGAACAACAUGUCGCACAUCCUGCGUGCCCACCAGCUGUGUAACGAAGGUUACCAGGUUCUUUUUGACGAUCGUCUGAGUACGGUCUGGAGCGCGCCUAACUACUGCUACCGCUGUGGCAACCUGGCUAGUGUGCUCGAGGUGGGCGAUAACAUGGAACGCUUCUUUAACAUCUUUGACGCUGCCCCUGAGAACGACAUUCACCGCAGCGAGCAGCAGGCACAGCAGAGCAGGGAUACCCAGCCAGUGAUUGACUAUUUCUUGUGA